GUUUGUAUAUGUGUAGGCGUAUAUGUAUACAAAUCUGCAGAUUUAUUGUACACUAGUCAACAUUUGAAGAGUUUUGGGUAUUGGUUUUAAGACAACUAUUAUGAAAGGUUUUGAUCCUCUUAAAAUUUUGACUAGUGUAGUUUGAUGGUACAAAUCAAACUGUGAUGGCACGGGGCCUCAAAACAUUGAUUUUGGAAAUUGCAUACAUUGUGAUCCAUACAUGUGCCACUGUGGUGAUUACCUGGUGCAUGAAUGGCCAAAACGUCUCCAGUUGAGUCCGCAGCUAAUGCCAGCGGAGAGUGAAGACUGUUGUGCAUUGUUCAGAGCAACUACAGGGCCACAGUGCAGCAAAUCACCAGCAACACGUUACAUGUGCCCAUUUCAUGCUAGUGAUUUGUUGCACUGUGGUCCUGUGGUCCCUGUGAAAAAUGCACAACCGUCUCCCCUCUGACAAUAAUGCACUGCGGACAUAAAACAAGUCUGUGCACCACUUUAAAUGCAUACUAUAUAUAGUGGCACAUGAACAACCCACAAAGCCCCAUGCCAUCUCUGUUUGUCCGUUAUUAAACUUCAAUAAAUCUGCAGCUUGGGAAUAGGCAAUUUUGCCAAAAAAUUACAGCUGCAUGAAAAGUGUUCAUCCUGUAACCUGUGGACAUUGGCUUAUCUUCUAGGUGACAGUAGCUGUGAAACUUCGUUUUAUGACCAUGACUGGCAUUAUAGUUUUGAUGUUCCAUGACAAAAAAUGCCAGCAAGUUUUAUGGGAAAGUUGCAAAAUGGCGGAAGGCCAAGUUGCUCUGAGAGAAGAAAGUCGGUCCGCAUUGUUGCUUCUGAGAUCCUGGAAGUCAGCAAAUGUCCAGCAAAAAAACAUGUAUCAGAAAUAGCCCGACAAAUGGUGAUUGCAUACCCAAAGUCUUUCAGAGAUGAGAUUAAUUCCCAGGUUGUAGGAAGUGGAUAUGAUUCUCUCCUCAAACAACUGGUGUGUAGAAUUGACAAUUUGAAAAGAGCAAAAGCUAUUAGUAUACCACUUUGUGGUACUCUAGAAGUAUCAACAAAGAAACAAAAAUUGUUAUAUGGUUGUAUAAAUUCUGAUCCACAACUGCUAGUUGGAGAAACAUCUGAAUUGCAGCAGGAAAAGAAAGAGAAGUUGGUAGUAAUGUUUCAAAAUAAUGAAAGUGAUGUAAAGACAAUCUAUGACUUAAUGACUUCUACAUACACCCCUCAAAGAAACAGCAUCCAAUCUGGAAAGGAAACCAAAGAUUUACUUGAUGAGUGGCCAUAUCUUUUUCAGCCAGCAGGAAUGAAAGCACACUUUAAAGAGCUCACUGGCAUUGACAUAAACAACAGCUUUGAAGAAUCUGCUUCCAAAGACACCUCUGUUCCAAGUGAUAUAUGCUCAGAACAGCUUCCAGCAACACCAUGUAUAGUAGUGUGUGGAGAGAACCCACUGACAGCCAGUGUGUACAUGGUAGCAGUAGACCAGAUGAUUGUAAAUGACCAUCUCUUGAGUUUUACAGAAGCCCUGUAUCUGAUGUUCUCUCUUUACUAUAUAUUGAACAUCAGUUACCCUGUAGAACUGGGAGCCACACUAGAAUUCUUGCAAAGGUGCAUCUUUAGGAUAAAUCCUCAUAAAGGUACCAAGGUGGAAAAGAGAGAGAAAAAGAGAGCGUACUCUGUCAACCCCAGAGUAUUGAGUCUGACAUCAAAAAUUGCUGCAUUUGAUUGGGGAGAGUAACAGAUGUGGUCUUUCAGAAGAUUGACAUUUCGCUGAAGAACAGGACCGACCGACUUUUUGUACUUCAGUGCAGCGCUUUGUUGCUUAAAUCAUUUUUAUUACCUUGUGACGUGAUUAGGAUUUAGUUUAUAUUUAUUUAUUUGAUUGGGACAGUGCAUGUUAAUGAACAAACAUGGAAUACAUGCAUGUAAACAUGCUGGAUUGUAGCCAAAGGCUAAUUUCCAUCCGUAGUCCCACGGCUAAAAUCACACGGGUCACAAAACAUUACAUAAUAAAAUUUACAUCUACAGUUAGUACAUCGUUUAUCAAUAAAUUAGCUAAAGCCCCGUAUACAAUAUUCACCUAAUACUUGAAAAUUCAUUCAACUUCAAAAUUAUCAGAAUCCAGGCCCAGUGUUUUUGUUUCUUUUAAACUGAACACAUUUGUGUUCUGAAACAUGCUUUAUCCAUUUUCUCCAUGUGACAUGUUCAGGAUUAUCAGAAUUAAUGUCGAUUUUUUUUUUUUUUUUUUUAAUUGAACAAAUUUGUUUUCUAAAACAUGACUUUUGCUGGGAAGUGUUUUUCCAUUGUUUGAUCUUGAAGGUUUGCUAUAUAAUAAAAAGCUGAAGUUGUUUACAGCAAUACUCUGGCUACCAUAAUUUAUUGUAUAACAUUUUACAAAAAUUUGUGUUUCAAGAGUAUUUUUAAUUAGUUUUUAGCAUUACUUCUGUCACACAGUAUACAAAGAUGUCCCUCUACAUUUGGUUUAAAUAAAUAAAUUCACUAGAAAAAGAUUAUGGCAUGAAAACAUGUAAGCCCAGAUUUGCUAACUAUUUGUGGCAGUGCACACUUUCUGAAUGUGUCAGGGUUUUCAGAAGACAUGAUAGAAAGGCAUAUACAGUGAUUAUUGCAUCUUUAUUGGAUAUGCAUUUGUAGGAAAUUUCCUUUAUGAAAGCGUCCCUUAACCCUUUUUGUGCCUGACCUGCCAGUAAUGGUUGCUAAUUGCACUUAUUUUUUAUUUGGUCAUUAUGGAAGGGAGCUGCUGCAAUUCUGUUCUUGCACAUUGAUAGUUUACUCGUAGAAAACAUUCAAAUUCAUCCUGAAGUUAGUUGUAUUUUCUCUGCCAAAAACAAUAUUAGCACAUUUUAAGUUAAGAUGCUUGCUAUUUACCUUUAAUGUGAUAAAACUGAAAAUCUGUCUUGUACUCUCAGGUUGUAUAACUUUCUUUGUGGU